UUCCAACGAAAUCGAAUCAAAAUUUGGCAUAACUCGAACUACAACUUUGCAAAAAUUCAAGACAAAAAUUUUAUUUUAAAUUUGAAGUAUGAAAUUUGAAAUUACCGAAGGACAAACAAACGGUUAAGAUACUGGACAACAAAUUGAUGCCCCAUAAAAUACCAAACACUUUUAGAAAAUAAAAAAAAGAAAAGAAAUGUGUGGGUAACUUCCCUCCAAUUUGAUUUGAAAAUUUACAAAGAAAAACAAAUUGAUGAAAUGUCAUCAUAAUAUUAUCAAAUAUUUUUUUUUAAUAAUGUUGAACAAAUUUCAAUCACAUUUUUACUACGAAAUCCGUACCAAAGUUUAUUUUUAACGAAAGAAUAAAACGCAAAAAAACAACGAAUUUAUUUUAGAAGCUGUUUUUAAAAAGAAAAAAAAAUUAUUGAUUAAUUUUUUUUUUAAAUAAAAUAAAAAUUAUUGAAUAAAAUCACAGGCAUUUGAAAUGCCUACAGAAUGUGAGCGAAGUUCUACUUCGCCAGCCACAACAACAAUAACAAAUAAUUCAGCAGAAUUAAAGGAUAAUUUAAAUGAAGAUUCAGCAGCAGCAGCUCAACAACAACAACAACAACAACAUUCAGCAAUGAUGGAUAACAGCGAUAAUAUGUCAACUUCACAGACCUCUACUACUUCGAAUGGCAGUAGUAGUUGUAAUGGUGGUAGAAAAACGUCUAUAACAUCUCCGGAUCCCACAGCAUAUGUGGCUAAAGCCAGAGUAACACGACCAACCCCACCACCCCCACCUUAUAAUCCCAUGCAAUUCGUACAAAUCAAACCCUGUAAUUUGUAUCAAACAGCACAAGAACAACUUAAGAAAGCGGAAGAAGUUAAAAAGAUUAAAGAGAUACGCAAAGAGGAGCCAGAAGAUUGGCAAAAUAAUCUGGACAAUUGGAAGUCAUCACGUAGAAAACGUGUCGAACAUAUUAUUGAUCGUGUGGUGGAGGUGAAAAAAUUGGAAUUAGAAGAACAUGAUCGCACGCGCAGAAAAUCGAAAACAUUUUCCGAAAUGAUUGAAGAGAGAGGUGAACGCUCUGGUGGCCGAGGCCUUAAUAAAUUGGCUUCUUUAGCUGUUUAUGCAGAAGAUGAAGCAAAUGAUUUAAGUGAUUUAGGCAUUGGCACCAGUAGUGCCAGCGGUAAAAGCAGUUUAUCCGAAGAUUAUGAUAACAAUAGUGUUAUGAGUGACAACGCUGCUGAAUUGGACAAGGCCAUAACCAACAGCACUCACCAUAAUAAUAAACCAAACACCACAGAAAGCACAACACGAGAAUAUAUAUCAUCGCCCGGCUACGAAACCUCUUCGAGUACAGCACCAGCUAGUUCGCCCGAUCCAUGUGAAUACACCUACGAAGGUGCCAUACAAGACUACAAACAAAGAGUAUCACGUGCCGCCUCUGGUCUCACCUCAGUGAACCUCAAUAAACUCACCAGCCAGCAGCAACACACCAACUCUAAGGAGUCUACACCCGAAAGACCCUUAAAUAAAGAAACAGCAGCUUAUCCUCCUCGAAGAGGCAGUAAAAUCGAAGAUCGUCUAAUGGGUUUUGAAGUACAAUCGCCCAGCGAAGAGUGUGUGGAAAAGAAUAAGGUUGAUGUACCAAAGAUUGAUAUAUCGAAAAGAAAAGAAAUCUUUGAAUCCAUUGACCAGACACCAGAACCAAAGUCAACUCAUGCUGGUAGUAAUGGCGGCUCGGCAGUGCCUAGAGUAACUCUAAGAGAUCGUUUUAAGGUCCAGGAGACCAAUAGCGAAACAUUGACCGAACAACCCAAAAAAGAGCUAAAACGUUUAUCGGGUGACAUCACCAGCAUUAAGGAACGUUUGCAGAGUCUCGAACAACAACAGAAUUUAGUCAAUGGUGCAAAUGGUGCAACUAAAACCACUGCCAAUAAAUUAGUCGAUAUACCAGUGCCACCGCUAAAGGAGCGAUUAUCUAGUUUACAAAAUGCUGUAACCAAAGAAGAAGUACGCAAACCACCGGUUGUGCUGGUCGAUGCCCGCCAAUUGGAGAUCAUGAAGUGUGAGGAAGAAAAGGCCCAGCAAACGUUAAAACAAGAAACAAUCAAAGAGGAAAAAGAAACGAAAACAAUUGCUACAAAAACCCAGGAGGUGGAAGAAAUCGAUAGAGAUGAUAGCGGUAUACAUACAGCCGAUGAUGUGGAACUAGAAUUGGAGCGACAUCAAGCCGAUAAAAUGAAAAAGGAGCAAGAGCUUAAGCUUAAUGCCGCCAUUGAAGCUUUGGCCAAGGAGGAACAGCAACUAAGUGAAGCGGCCAAUGCUGUCAAUCAAAUCGAGGCAGAAUUCGAGGAAUUAACUUUAGGUUCUCUGCCACCUAUGGCUAGCAAUACAACUGCCUCUGAAGCCUCGGCAACCACCAUUACUAAUGAUCAUAUGGAAUAUAGUAUCAACGAAGCUCUGGAAUUGGCGCUGGCAGCAAUUGACAAAGAGACGAUACCGCAGCUACAGCAGCAACAGCAGCCAACGCCACAGCAACAGCCAGAGAAUUUGUAUCCAAUAACUGCCCCAUCCAAUAAUACUAUUUCCACUACUACAACAACUACUACUACUAACAACAAUAACAACAACAACAUUUUGAAAGAAAUUGCCCAGGAAACGGAAAUACUUGAAGUUGUUCAUAAAACUUUAGAAUCAAAAGAAAAGGAGGAAAUUUUAAUAAAUAAAACCGAUGAAGAGAAAUGUGAAAAAUUAAAAUUGGAAGAACAAUUUACCACAACUUUGGAAAUUAAAGAAAAAUCUGAAGAGGAAAUCUCAAAAGAACCCAUUUAUGAGAAUAUAAGCUCCACUACAUCAACAGGAGAAGUAGAUGUGGUUAUAACAACUAAAAAAACAUCAUAUCAACAACAGCAGCAGCAACAACAACAACAAAUCAUUCCAAGUAUGAUGAGUAAAACCCAAAUUGAUAUAGAUCUUACAACAACAACAACAACUAAUAAUGAUUCCAAACAAAAUUUCAAUUCUCAAAAUCUUAAACAAAAUCAAAAUUCAAAUUCAAAUCAAACAAUUAAACAAAAUUUAGCAUCAGCAUCUAAUCAAUUACAAAAUAGUCAAAUUAACAACAGUUUUAAUUGUCCAAAUAAUAAUAAUAAUAACAACAACAACAGUAAAAUUAAUAAUAAUAUACAAAAUAAUCAAAAUAUUAAUAAUAAUAAUUGUAAAGUAGUUGAGUUAACAAAUGCUUUUGCUAACACAACAAUAACAACAACAACAUCAGCCAAAACUACAACAACAAAAAAUAAAAAUCAUAGUGAUUUAAACACAACAACAACUUUUAAAGAAAUCACCUUCAAUCAUCUCGAACAGCCCACUAUUGAAAGCUCAGAAGUCGAAAUCAAAACUACAGCUUUAACAGUAAACGAUAAUCUUCCAAAAACUCUUCCUACAACAACUAAAGAAACCGCUAUAAACAACCCUAACCCAUCUGGCGAUCUUAACACGGAACCUUAUUAUCAAGUACCCAAAUCUAGUGAACCCUAUUAUGAUGCACCCAAACAUUUAAAACCGGUACCGGUCUAUGAAAAUAUUGAAAUAUUCUUCAAUGGCAAUAACAGCAGCGACUUAAACCCCCAUGAUUUAAGUGUUAAUCUACAACCGCCCAAAGAAAAACCACCACCACCCCCGGUCGAUAGUCCUCCUCUUUUCGAUGAUGUCGAUAGCAGCAGUCACACCGAUGCCUGGUCAUCGGAUAAUACCUACGAGACCCUGUCACGUCAUCAACUUAAUCAUCACAAUCAUCAACAUCAUUUAUCCCCAGAUCAACCUUCGCCACCCAUUAAACGUAUGAACUCUACGAAGCGCAUUAAGAAGGAAUUGCGCAAUAAACGUUCUAGUUUCUUGGGUAUUGAGGGUUCAUCUUUGGAUGAUGAUGAAACUUAUUUGGAGCUUACGGUGGCCCCACCACCCGAUAUGGCUCAACUGUUGCAGGAGGAACGUCGCUUGGAGAAGCAAUUGUAUUUGAAAGCAGGUUUAUGUGAUAGUUCGGAUACAGGUGAAAGUCGCGAUUCCGGAGUCUCUGAGAAUCAUUCUCGCCAGAGUAGUGAACACUAUACGAACUCUUCGGAAGAGAAUGAAACACACGAUGACACAACAUCACCUUUAACGCUGCAAACACAAACCGGUUUGGAUGUACCACCACCAGCUGAUAUGUUAUACCAAAACGAUGGUCUACUCGCGGUGGUGCAAACACCACUGUUAACAACAGUCAAGGGAAAUUCGGCCGAAUCAUGGACCGAAUCGGCUACAGUAGCAGCAGCAGCUACACAAUCACUAACCGAGGCCACCGCAACAGCAAAUGCUAAAAUGAUGUCCAUCGAAGAGAAGAUACGAGAACAGGAAGAAGUGUUAAGAGUAGAACGGGAGCUAUUGCAAUUGGAACAGGAAGAGCUGAAGCGGCAAAGAGAAAAUCUUAUGUUAAGAGAGAAUAUGGCUAGGAGAGAGUUGCAGCAUGGAGCCAAAAUGUUAAUGUCGGCCAAUAGACGUUCUUUACAGGAUCUUAAUGGUUUGGGUGGUGGCAUGACGGUGGUAAAUAUUAAUGGUGAGGCGGGAAACAAUAUGGAUAUGUAUCAUUCACAAAUGAAUCAUAAUAUGCAGAACUCUCAGCAUUUGCUAAGUCAAACACAAUUGGCUCAACCUCAGCAGCAGCAGCCACAGCCGCCACAACAGCAAUCCCAACAAAUUUAUGCUAAUAUUCCAAAUUUACAACAACAAUACUAUCACAUGGAAAACGAUUAUCGCAAAUCCAUGUCCGAUAUUAAUGAAUUCUCCAAACGUAUGAUGUCACAACCGCCACCUGCACCACCCUCCAAACCCAUGCGUGCCAUGCAUAUUAAUACCAAUACCACCAAUGGCAUAAUGAUUAAUGGCGAUCAUCAGGAUUAUGCUGGCCGCCAAAGACAUUCUUUAAAUUCACAACAUUUUGGUGGUUCUUUGGUUAAAAUUGCUCCUGCACAGCCCACAGCUGCCCCACGAGCAGCUCCCCACAUCUAUUCCAAUUAUCAUCAUCAAUCGGUGCAGAAUUUAAGUUCUUCUACCACGGCCCCCCAGUCUGCCCAAGUGGUCAACAGCAAUAACAGUGUCAAUCAAUCACUGUAUCCCGGCAAUAUGUCACGCAAUACCUUACAUGCUUUAAGUGCUACACCAAAACCCAAAUACACCGACGGUUGGGUACAAGUCCAGCAACGCAAAUCGUACGAUAGUAAUCUAGCCAAUGAUCCAGCUUGGCUAUCGGCCUAUCAACAGAAACGUAAAUCUAUGCCGGAUUCUUAUCAUGGUUAUAAUCAAAAUAAUCAUUGGCUGAUCCAAGAGGCCGAACAAAGACGUUUGAGUGAACAACAACAGCAACAGAGAAGAACUGUUAACACUACGAAUACCAACACAGUGCAUCAGUCUAAUAAUAAGUUGGUGAAUGGCUCUGCUAUGAUAUCGAGCUCGACAAACGGCAAACCUUUGCCCGAUUCCAUAAUACAAACUCUAACGGAGAGAGUGCAAAGCAAAGGCAUUGGUGAGAGAAAGAGAAAUACUUUAGACAAAAGUCCCCUACAUGCCGCCUCUACAUACCAACAAUAUCAACAGCAGCAAUACAAUAACAAACUAAAUCAACAACAACAACAGCAGCAACAAUCAACUGUCUCCAAUGCUGUUAUACACCGUCAUAAUAAUAUAAUAACUUCAACAACAUCAGUCUCCACAACGUCCACGUCCUCCACUACCAAUCUACAAGGCCAGUCAAAUCUUAAUACUACAACCCAGCAACAACAACAACAACAACAGGACAAAGUACUAAGUGUUAGUGGCAAAAAGAAAUGUUCUCACUGUGGCGACGAAUUAGGACGUGGAGCUGCCAUGAUUAUUGAAUCUUUACUAUUAUUCUAUCACAUCAACUGUUUCAAAUGCUGUGUCUGUCAUGUCCAGCUGGGCGAUGGUCUUAAUGGUACCGAUGUUCGAGUGCGCAAUCAUAAAUUACACUGUCAAAAUUGUUACUCAAGUGAUGAUGGCAUUAAGUUUAGUUGUGUUUAAGUAAAAUUUAAAAAUAAAUAUUUAACUAAUUGUUGUUAUUGUUAAAAAAAA